UCUUUGAUUAGCCAAUCACAACGCUGGAAUAUGCGCAAGUAGGGGGGCGCUCCAGCGCUCGGCUGACCGGGGUUCGCAUUCUCACCGAUGGAGCGAGACAGUAGCGACGUUCACCACGUCCAUCUCUCAGACACCUGAUUAAUCAACAAAAACAGCGGACGCCUCUAGACUUGCUAUCAUUUUCCUUUAACCUUCAUCCAUGCGAUUCUUCAGGCUUACCUUCAAGUGCUUUGUCGACUGCUUCUGAAUCCCAUGACUCCAGCGAGUGUCUUCGACGCACUGAAAAUAUUCCAUAUUGGAUUCUGAAACAUCGCCGACGAUCAAAUUUAUAACCCUUUCCUAAGACGAUAAUUACGAUCAAGAGCAAACGUUAGCCAACCUAAAACUGAAGAACUGAAAAACGCGUCAGUUUCUGAGACGCUAACAUCCAUUCCAUCUUUUUAACAAUAAAUCACUGGACUACACGCUAACACCCGCUAUUUAUUCAGAGCAGCAUGUCGCCUGAAGUGGGCGAGGAACCAAGCGAUGUUGGCUUCUCCAAGGUAGAUGGGAUGGAGAUGGGUGGUGAGGAGGAGGAGGAGGAGGCUGGCCUGGGCCUGCCGCUGGUCACGGGCCCGGGCUCCUGCACCACCAGCGGCCACGGCGACACAUGCGACGAGCCUGCUCUGGGCCCGGGCACCGUCCUAGGUUCCGGUCCCGCUCCGACGGCCGUGGUGCCAAUGCCUGUCCUUCCCCCGUGCAUGUGUGGUGGAGGAGGAGGAGGAGGUGGAGGAGGAGGAGGAGGAGGUGUGUGUGUCUGUGAUGCCGGAGGAGGUGGCCACGUGGUCCGGCAGACAUGGAGCCGGCAGAUGGACUUCAUCAUGUCGUGCGUGGGGUUCGCCGUCGGCCUGGGCAACGUCUGGAGGUUUCCCUACCUCUGCUACAAGAACGGAGGAGGUGUGUUUCUGAUCCCGUAUGCUCUGAUGGUGUUCGUCGGGGGGAUUCCUGUGUUCUUCCUGGAGAUCGCGCUGGGCCAGUUCAUGAAGCAGGGGGGCGUCUCAGCUUGGAACAUCGCCCCACUCUUUAAAGGCUUGGGCUUGGCGUCCAUGGUGAUCGUCUUCUUCUGCAACACCUACUACAUCAUGAUCCUGGUGUGGGGGCUGUACUUCCUGCUGCACUCCUUCACCUCUCCACUGCCCUGGGCCUCGUGCGGACACCCCUGGAACACGCCCAACUGCACGCAGGACUUCCGCCUCCGCGCCUGCCCCAACCUGACGCUGGGCCUCAACACCUCGGCCUCGGCCGCCGCUAUCACCUCCUCCUCCCUGGCCAACGUCAGCCUGGUCGGGAACGGGAGCUGCGCUGACAUGGAGGGCCUGCGCUCGCCCGUCAUAGAGUUCUGGGAGCGGAACGUGUUGCGUCUGUCACGGGGUCUGGAUGACGUGGGUGACAUCAGUGGUCACAUGGUGCUGUGUCUCAUCGCCACCUGGGUCAUCGUCUACUUCUGUAUCUGGAAGGGUGUUAAGUCCACCGGCAAGGUGGUGUACUUCACUGCAGUUUUUCCGUAUUUGGUGCUAGUAGUCUUGUUUGUCCAUGGGGUGUCACUGCCUGGAGCUCUGGAUGGGAUCGUCUACUACCUGAAGCCAGACUGGAGCAAGUUAGCUGAGGCACAGGUGUGGAUUGACGCUGGAACCCAAAUCUUCUUCUCAUAUGCUAUUGGCCUUGGGGCCCUCACCGCGCUGGGCAGCUACAAUCGCUUCAACAACAACUGCUACCAGGAUGCCUUCGUCCUGGCCCUCAUCAACAGUGGUACCAGUUUCUUUGCAGGCUUCGUGGUCUUCUCUGUGCUGGGCUUCAUGGCAGCGGAGCAGGGAGUGGACAUCAGCCGUGUGGCCGAGAGCGGCCCUGGCUUGGCGUUCAUAGCCUACCCCAAAGCGGUGACGCUCAUGCCUCUGGCUCCACUCUGGGCCGUGCUCUUCUUCUUCAUGCUGCUCGUGCUGGGGCUGGACAGCCAGUUUGUGGGUGUGGAGGGCUUCAUCACUGGCCUGAUGGACAUGCUGCCCCCCAAGUCAGCUCUGGGCCGUCUACGGCGUGAGGUCAUCGUGGCCAUAUGCUGCGCCGUCUGCUUCGUCAUCGACCUCUCCAUGGUCACACAGGGAGGGAUGUAUGUGUUCCAGCUGUUCGACUAUUAUUCUGCCAGUGGGAUGACUCUGCUGUGGCAAGCCUUCUGGGAAUGUGUGGUGGUGGCCUGGGUCUAUGGAGCUGAUCGUUUCAUGGAUGACGUGGCUCGCAUGAUUGGCUAUCAUCCGCUGCCGUAUAUGAAGUGGUGCUGGUCCUACCUCACGCCCUUGGUGUGCAUGUUGGUGUUCAUGUUCCACGUGGUGAACUACAAGCGGCUGGUGUAUAACGGGGUCUACACGUACCCGUGGUGGGGGGAGGCCAUCGGCUGGGGACUGGCUCUCUCCUCCAUGCUCUGCAUCCCCGUCACUGUCAUCUACAAGCUGCUGCACUGCAAAGGCUCUCUGCCAGAGCGUUGGCAGCACCUGACCACGCCGAUCUGGGGCCGUCACCACCUGGAGUUCCUGCCACCUGAGAACGAGACUAAACUGCUGCCCAACUCCGAGCAGAGCAAGAACACACUCCUGUACGAGACUGUCAUCUAACACACACACGCGCACACACACUGCCACACACAUGUGAUUUACAUUCCUAACGAGGCCUCCAGGAGCGCACAGUGAACUUUACAGUAUUCAUUUAACAUUAAAAAGAGCAGGACCAACGUUGUGAGAGUUAGAUUGGGCUCUUUGGGUGUUAAAUUAACACUGCAACGUGCUGAGUGCAACUCUUGACUUGUGCUUGGGUGUGUGUGCAUGUAUCCGUCCAACAAUACUGCAAUAGCACCACACCAACAAACCUCUUGACCUUUAGGGGUCUUCAUGAGUGCCACAUUCACACUUUGGCUUACUAUACGAGAGAAGAGACGUCCAGACUCUACGCAAAUCACACAGAAACACACACACACACACACACACACACACACAGUGUACGCACGCACAAACACACGCACACACACACACAGGCCCAGAGACAUAAGCAUAUCCCAUCUCACAGCCACUUACCUGUGGCCCGGCCAUCCACAAAAAUGUUUAAAUAUAGCCCUGAAAUAUGAGUGUAUUAUGCCGCCGUGUCAGUAUUGCAUUUGUGUAUUAUUCACUGUGUCUCUGACUCUGUCUCUCCAUCUCUCUUUCCUCUCUACACUGCCGUCCAAGAAAACACUCUGUAAAGAUAAAAAAAGAAACGGCUACAGCUUCCACUUUCUCUUCAUAUGCAAACAAUAAAUAAAAGUAUCCGACCGUCCGAGCAUUAUCAAAGCCCCCCAAUCAAUGUUGUCCGUGGGCUGGUUAUUUUCUGUCUUGUGUAGCCGUGAAAAUAUCUGUAUGUGUGUAUGUGUGUGUGAGAGUGUGUGAGUGUGUGUGUCCGUAUCAGUAUUGAUCCUGUGUGGGCCUGCUGUGGAGAGACAGAGAGGCAUAUAGAGGGUGCAGGCUGAGUCAUACAGAAAAGUCAUUAAAUGAUUUAAUGGA